CUACAGUCAGAGACAGGCAGUGAUGAAGCUUCGAACCGCCCUGCGGCGAUUGUGCACGUCCUGCUACAUGGUGCGGCGGCAAGGCCGGCUUUUUGUUUACUGUAAGGCCAACCCGAGACACAAGCAACGUCAGGGGCGAGGACCGCGCCGCAAGCUCCACUCUUCUAGCUCUGAUGCGGCAUUCCAGGAUGCGCAUAUGUCCUGCAGCUGCAGCGAGCACGGUCAAGACACCAGUUUGACCCUUUAUAAGGAGGGUAUAGGAAACCCAUUGUGGCUGCAGCGGAAGGCUGGCCCUGUUGCGUCAUUGCACGAUUUGAUGAAUUCGAUUUCCCCUGCUGUGCAGGCCUUUGUGAAUAAUAUACGUGUCUUCUUCUCAAGAUAGACGCUGUACUCAGCACCAAAGAAUAUUUUGUGGUUCUUGACGAA